CUCGCUCCAUCGCAUUCGUAUUGUAGAGUAGGGAUUUCUAUUUAAUAAUAGGUCAUAAUGAUUGUUUUUACUAAGUAAACAAUGUCUAUCAGAUCAACAACAUCGUUAGCAAACACCUAGAGUAGAUUAACGAGGAUGUCUAAGUGGCAAAUAUUUAAAAAACCGUAAUUUAUGUGUUGUUUUGGUGCCAGUCACUUAUAUUGAUUUAUCGUAAGCCAGUGACCUGUUUUUCGUGUUAUAAAUGUGUUACUCGUAAAUAAUUAAUGAAAUCAUUAGAAAAAGCCUCGAGGAUCAUUGAAGAUGACUUUCUGACAAUAAUAUCAACGUAAGUUAGAUAAAGUAAUGAGAGGAAGCUACGAACAUGGGCACGGAAUCAGAAUUUUCUAAAAAGUGUUGAAAAUUAUCUAAAUAAUUGUUAUUUUGUUAUGGUGUUCUUGUUUUAACAUGAUGACGCCAAUUGAAGAAAAUAAAGAUGACAAGAUCCGUGUGGGCAUGGUGCAAGUGUCGGACGGCAAGUCGCGGCCGCGGCCUGCGCGUCUCGUGCUCAGUAUGGACGCAGUGACGGUGCAACGAGAAGUACCUGUUGUUGUUCCCGUGCGGGACAAGAAUGUGCCUCAUGCUAGGGAGCGUAUGGUUCAAAUAACCCGGCAGAAGGUUGGCGGCCUUGGACUUAGUAUAAAGGGCGGAGCGGAACACAAGUUGCCGAUCCUCAUAUCCAAGAUAUACAAGGACCAGGCGGCGGACCAAACAGGGCAGUUAUUUGUUGGUGAUGCAGUUAUUAAAGUGAACGGCGAGUACAUCACAGCCUGCUCACACGAUGAUGCGGUCACCAUUCUAAGGAACGCGGGUGAUAUUGUCGUCUUGACGGUUAAGCACUACCGGGCAGCCACGCCUUUUCUACAGAAACAAGCGGACGGUGCAUCGGAUACAGACAGCAGUACGGGCGACGAGCACCCGUCCCUGCACGGCAAACCCGUCGAUGCCAAUUGCAAUGAGAAGGCUGAACAGACCAAUGGCGGAUGGCAGACGGCGUGGGGGGAGGAGGAGAGCUCCCGGCCCGGCAGCGCGGCAGGCUCGCUCCGCUCGCGGCCGUCGUCGGUGGCGUCCGACCGACUAGGGGCCGACCACACGCAGGGAGCUAAGGAGUGGAAAGACGUAGUUUCGGUACCUUUAAUGAUGGGAUAUGUCACAAGAUAUGUCUUCGGAACGGACAAGCUGAGGCCGGGUGCUUUUGAAGUGCGCGGCGCCCGGCCACAGAUGACGACGGGCGUCAUACACGCGGAGGACCCCGCGGCGCUGUCGCAGUGGCUCAAGAGCAUAUCGGACAACAUCGUCGGCCUCACCAAUCUACAGAUGAAGCUGUUCAACCGGCAGCUGGCCGUGGGCGAGCGCAUCGAGUACAUGGGGUGGGUGCACGAGGGCGUGCUGUGCGGCGCGCAGCCGUGGCAGACCUACCGGCCCAAGUUCCUGCUGCUCAAGGGCACCGACGUCAUGCUGUUCGAUGUUCCCCCGAUGAACAUCGCCGAGCUAACAAAAUGUCCAGAGACCCUAAAAGUGUACCAGACCAUGUUCCGUACCGUGAAAGAGAGCGAGACAGUGGAUUGGCGGCAGCACUGCUUCCUCGUGCAGAGCAGCGGCGCCGGGCCCGGCGGCGGCGCGGCGGGCCCGCGCUACUUCAGCGCCGAGACCCGGCGCGAGCUGCUGCGCGUCGAGGCCGCCUGGACCAGCAACAUCGUCAACUCCGUCACCAGGCUGCAGAAAAAGACGUUCACGGUGGUGCACGGCGGGCGAGCGGCGGGUCUGACGUUGGACUGGUCGUCGGGGUUCUCGCUCAGCGAGGGCACACCCGGCGCGCCGCCUGUGUGGGCCUAUAGGUUCUCACAGUUGAGGGGCUCGAGUGACGAUGGAAAGUCGAAGCUAAAACUACAUUUUCAAGACGCUGAGACCAAGGUCAUAGAAACAAAGGAGCUGGAAUGCCAGAUCCUGCAGAGCCUGCUGUUCUGCAUGCACGCGUUCCUCACGGCCAAGGUGGCGUCCGUCGACCCCGCCUUCCUCGCGUCCAUGCACCAGAACAAUUGACAGUCGGAGACCAGCGACUAAACAUUGACGUUUAGUCGUCGACAGCAAGAUGAAGACCUUAAUGAGUUAAAAAUAAAGCUCACUUUGCUUUGACACAUUUUGUCUCGUUGAGGCGUUGUUUAUCGUUUAACUAAAACUGUUACAUUUUUAAUUGUUAGUAGGUACAUUACAUUUUGCUGAAUAGGCUUAGCAAAAUGGAUCUUUGGACUAUGGGGCAAACUAGAAUGAUACGUCUAUGUAAUGUACACUCACUCAUACUUCACGUAACCAUAAUAAGUCCUUUAUUCUUUUUUUUCGUCUACACUACACCUAAUACAGUCGCCAAUGUCGCCAUCAGAUACAUAUAUCGGAGCGGUCAAGGCACUCGCAAAGAUCUGAACACGCCUCUAUUGUCAAGGCGUUAGAGUGCGUGUUCAGAUAUUGUGAACACCUUGGCCGCUCCGAUAUAUCUGAUGGCCAAUGUACAUACAAAUUCGUAUCAGCUACGUUUGCCCUAUAAACCCAUUAAGGUUGUAAGUCAUGUUAAAUUCUGUCAUAAUGACAGGUAGAUGUACUUUCAAGGUAUCUUAACAUUUUCAAAGGUUAGUAUUUUUUGAAACUUAGACAGCGAAUCAGGAGACUCCGGUUUUUCUACAGUCAUUCUAGCAUCUAACGAUUUAUUGUCCUAUUGAUAUUUACACAUUCAGUGCCAGCGCGAGCUACGCGUAAAGAUGCCCACUGAUCGGCCUGUCAGUUGAACGCAAAAUUUGACAUCUCCGAACAACUGACAGCCCGACAUCGUCCGGCGAACUGUGCCCUGUUUAUCAAAAGCUUGUAACUUGUAAUACAAGUGGAAGUCCCUUUUUGACAGCUUCUGUUUGAAAGGGACUUCCACUUGUAUUACAAGUUACAAGCUUUUGAUAAACAGGGCACUGGUAAUCUGUGGGCCCCUUAACGAGCGUAGCCGAUAACAAGAAAUACCGUAUGGAGCAAAAAGCGCCUACGUACAGAGAACCCGCCUAGCGGGUCGCUGUCAGUGAAUGUUGAAGUAGUUUUCAAAUUCAUCUGAACCGGUAAUAAAUGUGGCCUACAGUUUAAUAUCUCAACAGAGAUUAAACAUAAUAUUGAAUUGCAUAUGUUGGGGGGCUAUCCUGUUCUAUGGAUCCUAAUAUGAACUCCAAUAAUUAUACUAUGAAUUUAAUAAUAAAGAAAUAUUCAGCUCACCCUGCAGUCGCACUGCUAGAGUGGUGUGGUACGCGACAGCAUAAAGUAAUGUUAAAGCGUUAAAAUGACAAAAAAUCAUUAAAAUAAAACUUUUUAAAAUAUUAUUAGUGUUCUUUCAGAUAAGAAUAAAACUCAAAUCCCAGCGAAAAUUGGUUAGGCCCACUUGCACCAUUCCACUAACCCGGGGUUAAGCAGUUUAACCGUCAACCCAGUGUCAAAUUGUAACCGUGGUAACUCCAGGUUAAACUGGUUAACCCCGCGUUAGUGGAAUGGUGCAAGUGGGCCUUAAACAUCCAUGUAAAUGGGUUAAACAUCCAUGCAAAAUGGGUCCAUGUUUUUACAUCUGACUAUACAUACAGUCAUGCACGCCGGUUCAGAUUCAAUUAUCCAAUGGCGUCAAUGUCGCUCGUCUUCCUUGCGGUUUUCUCUACUUAUACUUCAAAUCUAUUUUAUAAAUACCUUGAUUCUAAAUUACUUACCUACUCUCAAGAUCUAAGAUUUUUAAAUGACGAGUAGCACUGUCCGAGUACGGGAUAAAAAAUACUACAACUAAAGUUAUAAGCAUCGGCAACAUUCGUCUAACCUCAGUUAGACCACUUGCACCAUCCCACUAACCCGGGGUUAAGCGGUUAAACCUAUUGUCAAAUUGUACUGGUAACAAUGGCAACUCCAGGUUUAACCGGUUUACACCGGGUUAGUGGAAUGGUGCAAGUGGGCCUUAGAAAGGCGUUUUCUAAAAUAAAUAUUGAAAACCUGAUUCUUUCAAAUCUGGACGUUCUUAGGCUCAUUCUAGUAGAGUCGACAGCAUUCUCCAUCCCACCAAUAAAAAAAGAUGUCCCAAAAUGUCCAUUCCAUUACGUCACGUUAAAACGUACUACAUACUCAAACAUGAUGUGUGUUCAUACUAAAGUAUGAAAAAAAAAUUGUGCGUGCGUGACGCAGUGGAACGUACAAUUUUCAUACAAAUUGUUGGGACAUUUUAUUUUAUCAUCAGAAUUGAAUAUGCUAGUGAUUCUGAGUUGAAAGAACCCAAAAACACCAGGAUCUGUGAGAAUCAGGUUUUCGAUAUGGCCCAGAAAUGGAAUGAUUAAUUGUGACGAAAAAGUCGUUACUAUAAAUGUUCGCAAAACAAAGUUGUUCAUGCAUAACUUUAAUUGUAGUACUGUAGAAGGAACUUUGAAUGAGUCAUUUAUAUUCAGUAUUAAUAUUUAUGCUUGCUUAUUCUAAGACUCGAUAAGUAUAACAUCCGUUAGACCGAUUACUUUAUUCGGUUUGUGAUGUAAAGAAACUUAAUGUAUGCGAUCACAAAGUCUAAUGGAUCAUUUCAAAAGCGGUACUUCUGUUAGUAAAUUACUAUCAUCGAAUUUGUUACAAUUUUAAGAAGUAGUUUAUGUAAGUUUUUUUUUAUGUAAGUACAAUCAAAUAAUAUUAUCUGUACUGUUACUUUCUAGUUAUUUGAUUCCAUAACUUUAACAAGAUAUUAAUAAGUAGGUACGUACCGAUUAUUUUUACCAAAGAUUUUAACUGAAACUCAAUUGAACCAAAACUAUCACGACUCGAAGUAAUGACGAUAUUAUACAAUAAAUUAGUGUGGAUUUUUGACAUGUUUAUAGUCGUCUUGUUUUUAUUAAUUAUAAAGUGUAGUUAUAUCAAUUUUUACUUACGUUAGGUAUAAUAAUACGUUUCAAAAUAAAUUUUUUGCUAUCGUUUGUGGCGAGGCUAUGAUUUUGACUGAAAUUCGAAUUAUAUUUAAGUGUUAGAUUUAACUAAGUUUUCUUAUUAAUCGAAAUAUGCCUAUUAUAUAUAUUAGAGAAUUUUGCGCUUGCAUCAUAUCAUUAAAUUUAAGUGAAAUUAAAUAUUGCUAUAUUAAUUAUACCUAUGUUUAAAAUCUAUCGGAAAUAAAUUCAUCUCAUAUAAUUAUUUGGUUGUUAAACGUUCAUAUUUUAUCAAGUUUAGCAAUCGGCCGGAUAGAAAAUGGCUUGAUAAAUAUAGUAUUUUCAAUAUUAUUGUACUGAAAUAGUAUAUUGUUAUAAUUUUGUUUAUAAAGGGGUAAAAUUUCCGAGGCCACAGUAAUUUGCAACCAAAAUGUAUAAAAAUAGUACAUAUGUGAAACCAUAGAAUUAUUUAUAUUGAGAAAUAGUAACGCGAAGCAGCUGAAAGUGAUAUUAUUAUAUGAAGUUAAAUUGUUUAUUGCUAGGGCUCAUUUCUCGAACGGUAUUAGACUAAUAUUAUUAGCCCACGAACUGGCAAGUCGUAUGCGUUACCAUGGCAACACACUAAUAAUAUUAGACUAAUAGCGUUCGAGAACUAGGCUCCCGGUUGGCCUAUUAAACUUUACCCGAUGCUAGUAAGUACUUAGUACUCUACCUAUAUUUACUUAUUAAGGACUUUCUUAUGAAUUGAAUUGUUGACUAUAGAGAUUUUUGUGGGAGUUCUAAAUUUUUAUUAAUGUAUUGUAAUCAUCACAAAAAGUUAUUAUAUGAAAGUGUUUAUGUGAACAUGUUUUAGGGCAUAAUUUGCUAGGUAUGUAAUUUUGUUUUGCAUUUACAUGCUUUAGUGUAAUACUCUAGAUCUGAUAUUUAUGUAACUAGUAGAUUUAGCUUAUUUUCUUGUGUGCGAAACUGUAUACAUGUACAUAUAUACAAUUAUUAUAUUCGCCUUGUGUAAGGUCAAUUCGUAGCAAAAAUAUUAUUUACCUUAAAUUAUCGAACAAACGGGUUUUUAGCAAAAUUUAUAGCAUGUAACCAUUACCCGAUAUUAUCAAGGUAGGUACGCGAUUUUAAGUAAUGUUUUUUAACAGUAGAUUUUGAUCCUAUUUUGUGCUGUCAACAAUAAUGGAUAUGAUCUGGAUAACUUAUCUCAGCUGACAACUAUUAUUCGUUACUGAAAAAUAAUCCUACGAUGAAUUAUAUGAUGCUAAUAACGUAACGUAAAACCACCCAACAAUACCAAUACUGCAACUGCUGUGUUUAAUACGCAAGUUUAAUACGUAAUUAAGUUCACAUACAUAGGUACAUACUUUUUUGCCAGUACCUAUUCAAUUCAAAGUACAGUGUAUGAGUGUAUUCGAGAUACGAAUAAAUGAUUAUGAUUAUGAUAAUCGGGUUUAUUUUGGACAACGGUUGCCAGUUUUUGGAAUAUAAUUGGGUGGUUUUGGAUGAAUUAACUUUUUUUUGUCUCUCGUUACCAUGGUUACAAAAUACUCGUGAAAUACUCAUUUAGUAUAGUACAGUAUUUAAAUGUAUCUUACAUGCAUUUUUGUGGUAGUUAAAAUAUCAUUUUUCCGUAAUGGGCCAUCCACUAAGCUUGUUAAGCAUACAACAUCUCUUCGAACAAAGUGUGCUAGUAUGCCCAGUGUUGUCCGUUGGGCAACGUGACAGGAUAACAACACAAAUAAAAGUUGAUUCACCCUUUUACGCUACGGGUACGAUUGGGUGCCGAAAAAUGUGCUGAGAAGCACCAACCACUAAGUAUGGACGCGUCGGUUGUCAGUUAAGAUAAGUUUGUUUUUAAAUAUACAGUUUGUUAGUGUAUUCUACGACCUGACUGGGUAGACUUUGUAGGUUUUGGCUGUUUGAGGCUAUCGGUUAUAAGUGAUAGUAGGUAUGGCUUUGAACAUUACACUGGAUUGUAGCAACUAUAUAACUCGGUAGGAUAAAGUACCUGUCAAUUGAAUGCAACAACUGCAAUUAAUAUCGAUUAAAAAAUAUCUGGAGAUAUGUAUGUACUUAUAUAUACAUUUUUCGCACCUUAAUUUUUUAAGGUUAACAAAUGUAAGGACUGUAUCGUUUAUUAUAAAUACAACUUUACUUAGCCGUUUUUUCUGGUAUUAUAUUUUUAUUAAAAAAUUACACAUAUAGUUUAAUUAGUGCUUUAAUAAUAAGUAACAUUUCGUCCUGGGAGAUCACGUAAAGCAUAUGGUUUGGACAAUAUUUACCCAAUCCUCCCGAGUAACUACAACGAUUUUGGACAAAUACUACAAGAAAAUUUACGGUUUGCGAACAAGACGAGAUAUUACACAAAAAAAAUCGUGCUAUGUAAACAGCAAUUACAUAUGAUUCGUAAAGCGAAACAUCUGGGCAUAGUCUAAUCAUUUCUUUUAGUUGGAAAAAAAGUUUUGGAUCUGUGCUUGGUGGCCUUUUAGAGAAUAUGGCAUGUUACUUACGACAACCCCGACUUUGGUAUACAAUAUAACCAUCAUGGAGCGUUUCUAUCGACCUGUUCUAGCCAUGGUUCAACGCCAUGAAUGUCCGUUAGGCUUUGGAUUUCGGUAGAUUCUUUUAGCUGUUUCCCUCAUUUCGCUGGCGUCAGAAAUUUACGGGAAUCCAAAAUGUUGCAUAAAAAGUCGUUUUCAUGUAAAGAUAAAAAUUCACCACAUUUAUUCUGUGGAUGUUCAAUUGAGCAAUCAUGAAAAGGACACUUGGAUGGCAUAUUUUGGCAGCAUAUUAACCUUUUGUUUCUUUAAAUCGUACCAAGGAAUCGGUGAAAUAGUCUCAAAUUAAGCUCGAUAGGCUUGUCCAAAUUACAAUUGCUAGACGAUAUUAAAAUCAUCAUAAAGUCCCUAAAAUAAAAUAAAUGUAAAACCUUCUUAUAUCAGAUAUGGCUUAAAAAUACCCCCAGAGUAUAUCUUAAGAACAUAGUAAUACAAAAUAAUACACACGUCAACAGUUAGACCAGGUUUUAUUUGUAUUUAUAAUAAACGAUACAGUCUUAUUUAAAUUGCAGGCGUCAGUUGGCUUAACACAGAAGCGCCGUAACAGUAUCCCGCCCUUGAGAUAGACUACCCGUUCAUCUCUAAUGAAUACAGAUAGAAAGACGAAUAGUGUAUCUCGAGCGAGAGAUAGUUUCGCAGUGCUCCGGUGCUAAGCUCAUAGAUUUUAAAAUUAUUAUAUAAAUUAUGUUUUUAUUAAAAAAAAUAUGAAAAUAAUGAAGGUACUGGGGAUAAAAUUUAAAAAAUAUAUAUUAAAAAGUUAUUAUCAACCUUGUGAUGUCAAUAAAACAAUCCAGUGUAAGUGUUGUGUGAAACCCGUCACCGCCUAGUGCGUGACAGGCGUCAAAAUUGACUUGUCUAGAUAAUAAUUAGCUUCGAUUGUGUAUUUGCGGAUUUGCUACUGCGAGAAAAGGUUAUAAAAUAGCAACAACGAAUAUAACUCUAGAAAGUAGUAUGAAAUUACCUGUAAAGUUAAAUUCGAAACCAUGCCGCUUGUCACGUAUUAUCUGAAAAUACAUACUUAUAAAAAUCAGGGUAAUAUACAUAUAAUAGAACAGAACAGAUAAAAACAAAUUCCAUAUUCAUUAUUUGUGGGUAACGAAAAAUAUCUUGUAACACUUUAAUCCAUAUAACAGCCCUGCACCGAAAGCAUACUUGGGGGAGUGUAUACAUGGGUUUAUUUAAUACUUAAAUAAAUAAAUAUCGGUGCAUUUCGUACUUAUUGUUACGUAAGCAUAAUAAUAAAAAAUCAAUAUAAUAAAAUCCCAUAAUUAUAAGGGAAACGCAUUACACCUAAUUUCAUCGCUCCAUGUUAUUUUUACCCUAUAACUAUGACGUAUUUUAAUUAUUUCAUUUUGAUUUUUAUGUAUUUGACGAACUUUGAACCAAAAUUCACUAAACGUUAACUACUUAAUUUAAUUAAUAAGUUAAUACGUGACAGGGCGCAUACGAUAAUUUGACCAAUCGAAAACCUGCAUAAUAACGCCACUAACCAGUUGGCCCGUCCACUUUAUACCCGAACAUCUCGAUUUUUUUGAUCGUAGUCUAUUCCAAAAUAAAAUAAAACUUUUAAAAUUAAUUAGACUGAGUGGUAGUUUUUUAUUACUUUGUACUACGAGACAAUUAAACAACCAUUGAAUAAACUAGACAUUUUAUAUUUAAUAUUACUUAGUAUGAGCUUUUCUUUCACUAUAGAAUAUUUAAUGAUCAGUAACCUAGCAUAAUCCCUACUACGUACGUGCGAAUGUAUUAUUGUCAACCGAACAGCAGCUUGCGUCCGCGAAACGGAAACAUUACUUAUAAUUCUCUUGAUUCGAGGGAAGCGACAUGUUUAUGGUCAUUUGUUACUUGAGUUAAAUAAUGAAGAGCUUAUUUUCCAAACGGGCCUAUGUGCAUAAUACUAUAGUUAUAGUUUAUACUAGACAUUAAAUUAAGGUCCAUCAGUGGACAGUGAAGAGUGUUGCUGUUUGUACAAGGUCCAAACAUUUUGCAGUGAAGCAUCCGAGCGUUGGCUCGGUAAAAAGUACGCGUAAAACAUGCCAAAAAUGAUUGUACUAGCUAUAAUUUUAUUAUGAGAUUAUUACGCUUUAAAGUCAGAUAACUUCGAAAUAGACCAGUAGUACUAGACAUGAUGUAAUCAUACGAGAUCCAAACUCAUAAUAUCAAAGAGACUAACCUCAUAAGUCCCCUUGUACUUGUACAAGUACAAAUUAAAUUGGCGUUUUGAGCUCAUAUAGAAAUAAAAGAAAGUUCCACAUUCAAAAGCGCCAACAUUGCCCUGGGUCUUAAGAGACUAAGGUUUAACAAAUGUUUCCUUGUAAUGUUUCCGCGGGCAAAAGCUGAAUAUUAUAAAUACGGGAAUCGAUUAGUCAAUUUAGAGAGUAUAUUCAAGACUGAACUGUAUGUUGUCAUUCGCAGUUUGUUUCGCCGAUUGUUCACAACGGGACAAAAGCAUCGAGUCGCUUGCUAAAGUACUGGAAAUCUAAAUAAUUAUUAAUCAGACGUGCGGCGGUUGUGGCAUUAAUUACUGCUGCAAACUGUAAUUUCCUUGAUAAAAUGACUCACGUGGCCGCAUUACUGCUGCGAUUAGAACGUUGAAUCCGUCGCUCAUCAAGGAAAUUGACAAUGCACUCGCGUCAAGGGGCCUAUUUCUCAAACGGUAUUAGACUAAUAUUAUUAGUCCACGAACUGGCAUACGUAUGGGUUACUAUGAGCCCAUUUCUCGAACGGUAUUAGUCUAAUAUUAUUAGUGGGUUGCCAUGGUAACCCAUACGAUUUGACGGUUCGUGAACUAAUACUAUUAGUCUAAUACCGUUCGAGAAAUGGACCCUGUGACAAUGCACUAAAAUAUUAGACUAAUAUGUUUCGAGAAAUCGGUCCACGGUCGUAGUAGUGAUCUCGCAACAGUAAUGCAGCUGCAUUUGCCAUCCGUAUGUCACCUUAAGAUAGCACGGAAUAGAGGCACUACCAGCCAGGUAACGAUUUUCUUAUUUGACAAUUGAAAAUGCGCCGUUGAAGUGUGUUUCUAUCCUUCCUUAUAAAGCAAGCGUCCCAAUGUUUUUAAGCGUAACUUUUGGGAACUUGGGUCUACAAUAACUCGAAUAUUCACGGCCUGUCACUUGCAUUUCACCCAUCCCAUGUAUUUCUUGGACGGUACACUAGUGCAAUUUUUAUCUGGCUAACCAGUAUGUCACGUUUCCCUAUAAAUAAGCCUCUACCAUGAAUACGCAGUGCGGCGUCUAGCGACCGUAGUCUAUAAAGAUGAAUACGUUUAUCAAUUAACGCUCCUAUGCACCUCCAUAUACGGUUGAAUUUUACGCCACGUUAGCCGCCUUGCGUCUUAGUAUAUACGACCUUAGUGUACCGUCAAAUGAAAUAUAGUUACGUCUUUCCCCUAACAUAAGUGCACCAUUCAUUUUAUUUCAACUAGGCUGUUGCUUAUGAUAAUUUAAUUCCAAAUUCAUCUAAGGUGUGUAGAUCUACAGAGGGUCUCAAAUAUUUGUUCAACUUCAGAUUGGCAAAUCUUGAGAUGUUCAGUAGAUUCUCGUUGUAUGUCGGUGAAAUCGAAGCGUUGUAUUGUAUACCUAUUCAUGGGAACCACUAUGUUAGGUGUGGUGACCUAGUUAUUUAUACAUAUUGUUGACAUGUAACUAUAUUGUAUCCAUUAGUGAAAAUAAACAUUUGGUAAGUA